ACAGUCAAGCAAUCCCCAGACCGAAGAGUGCAGACAAAUGGCGCCGGAGAAAGUGACAUCUCCCACCCGCACGCAAACCUACUCGACUAUGUAGGGAUAAGAUGCAGACCCUUCCCAAGGACUCGCUCAUAUGACAACCAGCUGGACAGCUACAACAGCAGCAGAUUCAUGCCGGAACGCCUACUCUCUCUGAG